AAGCUUAUGGUUGGUUCAAGCUGGAUGGGGUCUUCAUGAAUAUGUGAGGACCCUCAACACCAGCCAUGGCGACAAUGGCCCAUCCUCGCAAGUCCCGGGUUGAGAAAGAGCCCCAUGUGGUUCCGCUCACGAAGACGGAAGUGAUCCGAGUAACUGCAGCGGAAGCCCAGCUGCAGCCUUUCCAGGAUGAAAAGCUGGAGAUUUACUGUCGGGAGCAUGACGACAUCGCGGCCUCCUUCCAGGAAGCCAGAGAGGGGCGGGGCGUGCUGGCCAAGCUCUAUGACCAGAGGAACAAAGAGAUCCUGGACCGCUUGGUGGCGAUGCGGGCCAAGUCGGACAAAGAAGCCAAGCAGAAUCUUGAUCAGUUGAAGGACUUCUGCAAGGAGUUUGUCGACACGGUUGCGGAGAGGAAGAAAGCCUGGAGACAUAAGUUCGCUGAUGACUCCAAAGAAAUCACCACGCGGUCUACCCGAAUGGGUGAGACGAUUACCAGCUUGGAUGAGGCUAUCGUGCAAGAGCAUGAGGACUGCCUAGCCCAUGCAGCUGCUGAGACAGAGCCUCUCAAUGCUGCCCUGAAGCAGCACAACGACUUCCUCGAGCGUCAGGUUGCCGAGAGAGGAGAAGAGCAUGACCGCUUCAUGGCGGAUAUGCAAAGCCGAUUCCAGGCCAUCAGGAAGCGGCUGGCAGAGGAAAAGGAGGCCCGCCGCAGCCGGGGCCACGACAUGCGCGAGCGCGCAGAGGAGCGCUUCGACGCGGUGGAGCGGCAAGUGAGGCAGAAGGAGCCACAGGUCCGCCAGGGCCUGGAGGAGGUGCGUCAGAGGCUUGCGGACGAGUUGGAGAUGAAGAGCUCCAGCCAAGAGAGCAUGGUGCAAGACAUGAUGCGCUUCAUGGCUCAUUUCGAGCAGAGCAUCUCCGAGUCGGGCCAGCGGCAAGAGAAGACGAAGGCUCAUUUGCAGGCUAUGAAAGCCAAGUUGAGGGAGGAAGAGUAGCCAUCCUGCGGGCAUUCUGGUGGCGGCCGAAAG